UCUUCACUUUUAUUUCUUUGGUGACUCUAGGGAGUUGCUAUUCUCUCCCUCUCCAAUGGCACUGCAGUUUGUGCAGUCGUAUUACUGAUCCAGGUCAGGAACUGAUUCAGCUGAGAAAUAUUUUUCUUUUCCUGUGUUCUUUUUCAUCCUGCUCACUCUGCAGUCUGGUUCCGCCUGUGACUGAAAGCUAUGGCAUGGGACAGAGUGAAAGCCAAGGCAAUGGGAGGAGGCACCUGACAGCAGUACCUGAUUUAUGCCAUAGAGGGUGAAGCACAACUACUUUGGUUUUAGUAGAACAUCUUACCUAGUAGCAGAAUGCUGUUCUGAUGACGAACAAGAAACCAACUCAAGCAUCUAUUACAAAGGUGAAGCAAUUUGAAGGCUCCACAUCGUUUGUCAGGAGAACACAGUGGAUGCUCGAGCAGCUUCGCCAGGUCAAUGGCAUAGACCCUAAUCGGGAUUCCCCAGAAUUUGAUUUACUAUUUGAAAAUGCGUUUGACCAAUGGGUAGCAAACACAGCUUCAGAAAAAUGCACGUUCUUUCAGGUUCUACAUCACACUUGUCAGCGAUAUCUUACAGACAAGAAGCCAGAAUUUAUCAACUGCCAGUCUAAAAUUAUGGGAGGAAACAGCAUACUUCAUUCAGCAGCAGACAGUGUGACAAGUGCAGUACAGAAGGCAAGUCAGGCCUUGAAUGAGCGUGGUGAAAGGCUAGGUCGUGCAGAAGAAAAGACAGAAGAGCUGAAAAACAGUGCUCAGCAGUUCGCAGAAACUGCACAUAAGCUUGCCAUGAAGCACAAAUGCUGAGAUACUGCCCAAAGCUGAAAUCUUCUCAAGAGAAGCUGAAAAGGCUACGAUCAGCAACUUUUACAGGAGAUUCAGUCUUCUGUGUGCUUUUUCCUUCCCGUUCAGUGGAGAUGCGUUCUUUCAGUUUCUGUGCAGGAAAAAGUGUUGCGUUUCUACUUUUCUGACUUCCUUUUGUUCCUCUUUUUUAAUAUUGCUACACAGUCCUGCGGUACUUCCUACCUGUAUUUCAGUUGUUACAGGAGUGAAAGUAGACAUUGAAAAGGACCAAAUGACAAGCUGAUCAGGAUUAAAAUAGUAAUAUUCUUUCAUGGUUGUACAAAAAAAAAAGAUUGAACUGAUUGUGGACAUGUGUGUGGAAAUAAAAUCCAAAGAAGGGGUAUAAUUUUCUUCAUUUAAUGUAGCAUCAGCAGAAUGUGAAUGAAUGUUAGAAUUAAACAUCUGGGGUUGUAGCUAUAGUGGAGGACAAACUGCUUUGUCCUGGGAAACAGAAAACAAUUGUUUCUUCUAAUGUAGGAAAGUGUUGCAUGUGCACCAGCAUUCAGAAAUGCAUAUCUGAAUUUCAUUCAUAUCAGCAUUUUACAUAUUCCUGUGUUCACUUUCAGACUGAUUAUUUGAAGAGUAUACUGAAACCUAGAGAAUGUAUGCUUGAGGUUUCAAAAUAGAGGAAAAAAGUAAUUUUUACAUCUAUACGCACAUAGCUGUGCCUCAAACACAAUCUAUAAUUUAGCAGUCUUGAUAUAAAAUAGCAUUUCUUUAUACCUGUGAUUGUGUGGCUAAAGGCCCAUUAAAAUGAGAAUGCAAAGGCCUGGGAAGAUGAGAGUGCACUAUUUUCAAGACAUCUGUUUUUCAUAAAUUCUCCAGUUUUUGGAACACUUCAAAAAUGUGUCAGAUUUUAAUGACUUGUGUGAUAGCAAGUUGUCUGAUUUUUAAUAUAGAGGCUUUCAAAAAAGCAUGUCUUGGUACAUUAGAAUCAACUUCUAGUUUGAGUCUCAGCUUUCAAUGUUAUCACUGGAAGGAUGAUUCUACUUCAUCUGUAUUCAUUAUAUACAAUAUAUGCACUGUAUUUCUCUUACAAAAAUAAGUAGGUUACCUUUUUCCUUCACAGCUGUUUCCUUAACAUUUUUAAGAUGGUCUAAUGUGCUUCAAGAAUGAAAAGGAAAAAAAAAAGAGAAAAAGAUGUUGCUUUUUUUCUUUUUUUAAACCAGUAAGCUAGAAAAUAAAUCCUUGCAGAAGGUACAACCUUCAUCUUCUGAAAAUCCCUGCUCUUCAUUUUUGCCCUCAUCUUACCAGAGAAAAGCUGGCAUUAUGUGAAUGUACUGUAUUCAUUGCAGAAUAUGAUUUUUGCAUUAUUAAUGACAUAACACUCUAAAAUCCUCAGAGCAGUGCUUGCAAGAGAGAUAAAAACUACUGUAGUAAUUGAGAAUAUUUUACUUACUGCAAGCUGAAAUAACUGAAAAUUUCAUGGAAAUGCCCAUUUCAUAAAAAGAUGCUUGCCUUUAGGAAAGUAUUCUCAUUUGAACUAAGGACACUGUCUAGUUAGCUAAUUGCAUUCCAACUUAACAUCUGUUUUGUGGUUUUUUUUUUUUUUCCUGUAAUUUAAACAGUUUUGUAUGAAGCUUUUUAUUUAAUAUCACACAGGGGGUUGAGAGAAUGGGUCAUUUGUGUAGUACCAUAGGAUCAUUUAGCUCUAUUUGGCACUAGCUCCAACAGUUACCAAAUCUAGCACCUACUGAAAGGGAAUUUGACCACUUUGGUUAUAAAUCAGAAGAGGUUCAUUAACAACACAAGUUCUGAACAGUAUGUUGAGCUAUGUGUAAGUAAUGCUUGUCCUGGAAAUGUCUGAAUGCUACUGUAAUGACUGGCUAUUUCUGCAGUUAACCAGGAAAAAAGUAUCUGUUUUUUAAACAGAAAUUAAACUUCUGCUAGAUACAAAAUUUUAGGCUAUUUUUUUUUAACAUGGAUUAUAAAUCAGUCAGGGAGUACAUUUAUGACCAUAUAGCUAUCUUCUUGUCAUAUUUUCCAUUCUUUUAAAACUAUAUUCUGCUGCUAAGCUCACAAGUCUUUCUCUCGAGAGAAGGUGCUGUAAUCAAGCCAGUCCUCUAAGCUUGCAAAUAAUUAGAAGAAAUGUCUAAAACCCAGGUCAGAUAAACCUGAAAAUAAUUAGUUGUCUAAAUUUAGAUAAAAAGGCAUAUAUUUUUGAGUGUUUACAUAAAUAUCAGCUGGACAGGACAAGAUCAUAAUUGCAUUGCCAAGUUCCAGACCUCUUGUGAGCUGAACUGUACUAAAACAUUGGUUUAGUACCACCUGAGUUUUUCAGCAUUUUGGGUUUUUUCAUAUCUUCCAGUUAAGUGUAUUGUUUUUAUCAUAACUCAGGACUUUAAUCCAACCAUCAAAAGCCAUUUACUAUGGGAACUUUAGGUAACCUAAGUCUUCUGAAUGAAGGAGAAGUGGUUUGCCUGUUUACUCUGUUGUUUCUGUUCAUUAAACUACAAGGUUUGGUAGGUUUUAGGAAAAAGAAUCAAGGUGUAUAAAUGUUUAUCCAAAGGUAAAUCUUAGAGCAUUGCAGUUUCCUUCUGGAACUUAGCUUGUAGUGUAUAGAACCUAGUAUUAUUAGAUAGUCAUGUACAUAAUAUAUACUAUGAUUCAGGUUAAUGUUUCAUAUGAAAGAAUGUAUUUGUAAAUUGUAACAAUAUUAAUAGUUUCUUUAUCUUUUUAAAGUUCUGAACAGAAUAAAAAUAAUGUAUUGUUAGACUUGACUGCUGUACUGCAAACUUUGUCUUUAAAGGUUACUUUUGUGUCUAGCAAAAGUUGUGUAUUAUGUGAAAUAUUAACAAAAACGUGCGCUCUUAAAACCAAUCUUAAAGGUAGGUAGGUUUUGCCAUGAUUUGCCAGAAUUGUAAUAUUUGCUGAUAUCUAUUGUAAACAAUUCCUUGGAAGUUCUCAAAGAUGUAGAAAUUAUUUUGUGCCAUUCUGGGGAGAGAAAAAAUAAAAGUGGGACCUGCUCUCUUGACUCACUACUGGAAACCCUGAUUUUUGUCAUUAAAUACUUUACUGUGAUGAAAA